AUGUUCUUUUCUUUUCAGACUUUUGAUGCAAAUGACCUGUAUCAGGGACAGAAUUUCAACAAAGUUCUCAGCUCUCUUGUGGCUUUAAAUAAAGUAACUGCAGACAUAGGGCUGGGCAGUGACUCUGUAUGUGCACGUCCCUCAUCCCAUCGGAUAAAGUCUUUCGAUUCUCUGGGAUCCCAAUCUUUACACAGUAGAUCUUCAAAACUCUUUCAGGGACAGUAUCGGAGUUUGGACAUGACAGAUAACAGCAACCAUCAGUUGGUGGUGAGAGCAAAAUUUAAUUUUCAACAGACCAAUGAAGAUGAACUUUCUUUUUCAAAAGGAGAUAUCAUUCAUGUUACACGAGUGGAAGAAGGAGGCUGGUGGGAAGGAACUCUGAAUGGCAAAACAGGCUGGUUUCCAAGCAACUAUGUAAGAGAAAUAAAAUCCAAUGAAAAACCUGUCUCCCCAAAAUCAGGGACGUUGAAGAGUCCCCCCAAAGGCUUUGAUACGUCUGCAAUUAACAAAAGCUAUUACAAUGUGGUGCUACAAAAUAUAUUAGAAACAGAAAAUGAAUAUGCUAAGGAGCUACAAACAAUGCUCUCCAACUACCUGCGACCACUGCAAGCCAGUGAAAAGUUAAACUCUACAAAUACUUCAUACUUAAUGGGAAACCUGGAAGAAAUCAGUUCUUUCCAGCAAAUGCUUGUACAGUCUUUAGAAGAAUGCACCAAGUAA